CGAGGAGCAAGAGGAAGCGAUGUUCUUCCCACGGCCAUGGCUGGGGCUUCUGCGGCGGCAGCUAAAGCCGGUGGGAAGAAGAACCGGCCACAACGGCAUCGGCGAAGCCUAAGAGAUCCCGCCCGGCCUUCUUGAGACGCCCGCCUGGGCGGUGAACGUCGGAAACGCUGAAGCUGGCGAGCCGGGGCCCCGAAUUAGGAGCCCCUCCUCCGUUGCGGAGCUCGGCUCCCCAGGGCCUCGCCCCGGCUCAGCAGAAGAGGAUGAAAAAGCGCAAGGAGCUGAACGCGCUCAUAGGCCUCGCGAGCGGUGGAAACGGCGACCGGGGAAGCGGCAACGGCGGAGGCGGCCGGCUCAAAAAGAAGCAUCCCAGGAAAGGCUCUGCCUCGGGUCAUCGGUUGCUCCGCACCGAGUCUGCCGAGAGCGUCACCAGCAGCUCCUCUGAUCCGGAUUACGGGGACAGAUUCGGGCUGCCGGGCUCCCGCGCCCGCUUUUCUAAGGGGGACUACCUGCGAUGCUGCAAACUCUGCUGCCUGUUAUGUACUUUUAUCAUCCUGGCUGCUUGUAUGGUGGCCUGUGUUGGAUUGGUAUGGAUGCAAGUUGCUCUCAAAGAAGAUCUGGAUGGAUUAAAGGAAAGAUUUAGAACCAUGGAAUCUAAUCAAAAAAACUCAUUUCAAGAAAUUCCCAAAAUGACCGAAGACCUCCGUAAUAAAGAAAAGGAAUUGGAAAAAAUUAAGAAUGGAGAUUUGGGGAUAAACAAAAUAUGGAUAAACAUCACUGAAAUAAGCAAACAGAUAUCUUUGCUGAUGUUGGCAGUAAAUCAUCUCAAAGCAAAUAUUAAAUCUGCUUCUGAUUUAAUUAAUCUUCCUGUUACAGUGGAAGAGCUUCAGAAAACUGUUGCUACUAUAGGUAGCACAGUAACUAGUGUUCAUCAUGAUGUUGAGGCCAUGCAAGCAGCAAUUGAAGAGCAAAAGAAGACUCUAGAAACUCUCCAAAAAGAAAUAAAUGAACACACAGAAGAUGUUAGACAAAAGCAUUUACCUUCCUUUUCCUCCUCUUCUGUCCCCCAGAUAAAUGAAAAGAAUAUGACGAACAUUUGUAAACAGGAUAACCAAUAUCUACAUAUCUCUAUAGAGGAGAUGAACUCUACCCUAAUGUUACAUCAGAAAUUGAAUGAUUUAAAAUUUUUCAAUCUGGAUUCCACAGUCACCAAUCUAAGCUGGAAAGUUACUUCCUUAGAAAAUCAUAUGUUUGUUGUGAAUAAACCAGAAAACAGAAAGAACCUUACCUUUGGUAUGGUGAGUAACCUAACUACCUCGGUAAAUGUGAAAAAUGAAUCAAGAAAUGAAACAACUGCUGAAAAAGUAGAAAAUAUGGAGAAAAUAGAAAAUGGAGAAUCUCAGGUAUCCAAACUAAAAGAAAAGCUGCAGUUGAUUAAUGCUCUGUCAAGCAAAUCAGAUAGUGAACGAUCUGAAGCACUUAAAGUAGAAAAUCCACAGAGCAUGACAUCAGAGCCUACAAAACUUCCAAUAAUUUCUUCAAGAUCACUUGGCAAUAAUGUUGAGCGAAGUCGACACCCAAGAAGCUUGUCUUUACCUGGAAUAUCCAACAUAGAAGAUCUUCAGAAUUUAUUCAGGACUUCUAGCCAAGGCAUUAAUGACAAGUUAUCAUAUGAAGACCUGGAAAAUCUGGUUGGAUCUAUAGUGCAUGAUCCACAGAGUUUUCAGGAAUUUGAUGAAGAUGGAGAUGGAAGAUAUUCUAUAUCAGAACUGAAAGUAGCAUUGGGUCUAUAGUAUCUUUUCUUAUAAACACAGUAUUGAAGGACUACAGUAGCUAUUGUUUUGUUUUUGUUUUUUAAAAACCAACUGAAUAAGUAAAAGCUACUUAUAGCACUUUUCCCAGUGAUCUACUAGUCUUUGAAGUUAAUUUAGUGUAUCAGCUGACACCUUUAAGAUUUCUAUUAUUUGGAAAACAGCGAAAAGCUUUUAUAUUUUUAUCUGCUGUAACAUUAGAUAUGUUGACCCCUGAAAGAUUUUCCAACUUUUGAGGCCCUGAUCGAGGGGUAAAUAGCCAUGCUUAAAUUUGUUUAUGCAAACAGGGCCUAUUAAUAGCAAAUACAUUAUUGCAUUGGUUUGGAUUCCCACAGAACUAGGGACAUUUUAUUUGUCCUGGAUCACAGCCCCAGGAUUGCAUUGCAUUGCAUUGAAUAAUUGUAAUGAAAAUGAUAAUUGCACCUUAUGACUACACGAAGAAUUUUAUCUCAGAGUUCUUAUUUCCCUUAUAAGGGAAGCUCGUCUUCAAGUUAAAAUAUGUGUAUAUAUUGACAAACUUGAUUUUAUAUUUCAGAUUUGCCUUAAAUUAGCUGCACUUUAGAAUAAAAUAUAAAAAUCUGAUUUGCAGGAUGGGAUUCUUCCAUUUGUAAAUAUUUAAACUAGAAUAACUUAUACAUAUUUGGGUCUAAUUUUCAUCAAAAGUAAUUAGUGUUCCAGUUUGUAUUAAGUAAAAGUCGAUAAUAGAAAACAUUGCUUCUUGCUAGGAAUUACACUUGUAUGACACUCCUUUCCUAUAUUGGUUUGUGAAUCACUGGUAAGUUUUGUGCUAUUCAAGUACUAACUUUUAUGCCAGACUCUAAAGGAGACUUCAAUUCUUGAAAUUGAGAUAAAAAGACAUUCAGAGAAACAGGUUGUAAGAAUAAUAAUUUCUUCUGAUUUUAACUAAAUCACAGAUUCAUUGCUAUUUUCAGUUAUAAUAAUUUUAUGAAGAAGGAUUCCUGCUGGAAACACUGCAAUAUUUACUUCAGUUUUUCCCAUUGUAUUGGUGAUACCUAAUUCAAUUAACCUUUCCCAAUUUAACAGAGGAUUAAAAGUGGUGUUAAUGGUUAGUAGUUAAUAUUAACAAUAAUUAGGAUACUCUCAAGAGAAGAAUAAGAUGAUAAGGACCAAAUUAUAUUUUGUACUAAGUACAACUUUGCAUUUUCACUCUGUGGUUUGCUGAUUUAUUUUAACAUUAAUUCCAAUGUGAGGUUCAAAUGGAUUGAGAUUGUGGCAUGGACGUGCUAUUUUUUUCCAGAUAAUUAAAUCUCCUUUUUCUUAAAUUGAAGUUUGAGAAAGAUUUCCACUAGGAGUACAGCAUCUUCCUAUAUACUAUCAAGAUUAGUAAGCUUUUGCCUUAUUAAAAAAAACAGAUGUGUUUGUGAAUGUGAAGUCACUUUUGAUGAUGUAGUGUGAGCUAUAAACUUGGAAAUUCAAAACAUUUUAAGCUGCUGUGUUUUGUUUUGGUUAUUGAAAACAUCAGGUGUUGUCAGGCAAACAAACAGUAGGAUUUCGUUUAAUAAAUAACCUCAGAUAAGCAUUAUUCCCUGUACAAACCAAAUACAGCAAGAUUUUCUAAUGUGCCACUAUUACUGUAAAUCUAUUUUUAAAGGAUAUGUUGAGUAGAAUGCUGUCAUAAUUGUUGGCUUUCUUUACAGCUUUUAGUUUAGCAAAUUUUAAGUUCUCAGGAAUCUUCAUUGCCCAUAAUGGCAGUGGUUUCUAUCAAAGUACUGAGCACUGGUGUACUAGAAUAUGAUGUAAACAGAUGCCUUCCAAAAAUUUAAUGAACAGGUUUUGGAAAACCAGAUUCCCUUAUCUAGACAAUUAUCCAGAAUGCAAAUUGUUUCCUUAAAUUUAUAUGUUAGCUAUAUCCAUUAAAGCUCAAAAUUCAUAUUGUGUUCAUAACUGAACACCAGUAUUCUUUUGGAUAAAAUUAAUUUUAUAUGCUUUGUGUAUAAAAACCAUUGACCAAAUAAAGCAAUAACAAUUAAAUAUAACAGUAUUUGUAUGUGUGUAUGUCAUAUGAUUGUAUAGCAAAAUAUUGAAGGUAUUUUUUUAAAGGUGGCUUGUUAUGAUCCAUAUGAAAAGAAUGACUUUUAAUCUCAGUAUUAAGUUGAUUAUCAUGAGCACUUUUAGGGAUUGCUUUCAGGAACAUUUUUGUUGUAACAGAAAUCUCACUCCAAAAUUUCUGAUCCAAUUUAGAAGCUGAAUUCAAUAACUCAAUACUGUACCGUAAGAGAAAUAUGUAUUUGAAAACUAUCCUACAUUAAAGGAAUGCUUUCAUUAGAAAAAAAUACCUAAGGUUAAUUCAUACUUUAUGUUAUAGAGCAGGAAGGAAGGUAGUAUCACUUGGAAUGAUUGCUGAGGGUCCUUAGCAUACCAGCAUUUCCCCAUUCCUCAUGUGUGUAUGUCAUCACUGAGAAAGAAGGCAUUCAUACUGAGCAAAUUUAAGUGAUGAAAUGUCUAAACUCUGAAGUGCAAAAGCUUGUAAAUUUUCCCUAUUUGCAAGCUUUUCAGAAAGCUAACUCUUCAUGUAAAAUCUUGAAGUAAUUCUAUCUUGCUGUUUUUGAAUGUAAUUAGAGCCUUCAAUAUACAUCGUUUGUCUUAUGUGUUUCUCCUAAUUUGCAAUAUUUGUGCAUUUAAAGUAAAUUUAUGCAUAUUAUCAGGAAAGCAAAAUAAAUAUGGCAAUCUGAGUAUUAUAAAUUGGCUCAAAUAGCUCACUCUUUGAAAUUAUUUUACAGUUAAUUAACAAUGUGCAAUAGCUGUUCAGCAGAAUUGAUUUGAAACUGAAUAUGCAGCAUUCUUCAGAGCUGAGCCUGCCUGUUUAGGGAAUGUUAUGUAAGAAAGAGUAAUGGGAAUUAGCUAAACCACUGGUCAAAAACUUAACAUUUCCCCCAUUUUAGCUUUAUCGUCCUUAAGAUAUAAUACUCUUCUGAAUUGAACUGAUGCCACAAGUCAUAUCAUGUCUGUCUAUCAGCCAUGCUGAGCAGGAUAGCUGGAAGCUGUAACAUAUUUUAGAAAAACACAAGAUUUUGAAAUGUUCGUAUGGAUAUUAAGCUACAGGUUUUUUUUCCCAGUGUUCAUGGGUGCCCAUGAAAUGGACUCAUCUUUUUAGCAUGGUAAUAACAGAAGGCUUCAAAUGAAUGUUGAAUUUAUUGCAAUGCUUCCAAUGAAUAUAUUAUUUUUUAAAAAAAUUACUGUAUUUUUUGGACUAUAAGAUGCACUCCCUCCCCCCUAAAAAAAAGUGGGUGGAAAUGUCUGUACGUCUUAUAGAGCAAACACGGGCCUGUUUUUGGUCUCCCAAACCUUCCGCGCGUCCUAUUUUUUGCCCUCCCUGGCGUCCAGAAGCACUCUGCAGGCCAAAAAAAAAGACUCACUUUUGGCCUGUAGAGUGCUUCUGGUCGCUGGGGAGGGCAAAAACGGGACGCACAAAGGCAAAAAACUAAUUUUUUUCUUGUCUUCCUCCUCUAAACCUAGGUGCGUCUUAUGGUCUG